AUGCUAUCUCGUGUCGCCAUUGUAGAGAGUGGCCGAGCCACUUUAUCACAACUCCUUAUCCUCAAGGAGGUAAUGGAUAGGAUCCAAUUCGACCUAGGUAGAAAGGAACCUCUGCUUCCCUGUGACUUCUUUGAUAUGAUCUCAGGCAGUGGUUUUGGAGGUCUCGUUGCAAUUCUUCUCGCGAGACUUCGACUAUCGGCAGAACAAGCCAUCGAGAAAUACCUAGACCUCACCAGUGCCUUGACAUUCAAAUGUGCACCACACCAAGAGGACAAACGGCGAAAUACGCUUGCCCUAAAAAGAGCAUUCUGCAACCUGCUUUUUGAACUCGAGGUCCCUCAAGAUGCAUUGCUACAAGAGGAGGACGGCUCGAAACCCCCAUGCUAUACCGAGAAUAUGGGCCACACUCGUCUGUUUCGCAAUUAUGGAGUGAGGGCCACGCCCGAGUACAACCCAAUGCUUGUACAAACUAUCUUGGCAUCUUGUUCAUUUCCCUCCAUGUUCGAGCCGGUACAGAUUGGAAAGGAACCAUACAAAGAAAAGUUCGUCACUGGCGCUUUAAAUUGUCCAAACCCGACUCGAGAGGCUAUCAAUGAGUCAAGUGGACUGUUUGGAGACCAGACCCCCAUGUCUGUUAUCUUGAGUCUUGGUUCAGGACAAGGAAGCAUUGUUAGCCUCGAAUCAGCCGCGUCAGAGGAGGAAAGGCGACAACUUCUUCAUUGUCUCAUAACAGAUUACGCCCGAGAAAGAACGCACCAAGAGCUGGAGCGUUUGAUUCACUCGAUGGGGAUAUACUUUCGCCUGAACGUGCAAAAAGGGUUAGAAGAUGUAGACGAGAGGCGCGAGUCCGCGUCUAAAGUCAAGUCCAAUACGACUGCAUAUCUGGGUGAAUAUUCUGUCAGUCAAGUGGUCGAUGACUUGGUAAAUGCGUUGCUUGGGAGAAGAGAAAGGCGUAUCAUCAAAGGAAUUGCUGUUGCAACUGGCUAUAUAAAAUUCCUCAUGUCGUUUCUCACCUAUUAUGAUGGAACGGUGAUUAGAGAAUAUAGAGAAGACGAUAUUUCAAUAGAACAAGAGGACGAAUCAGUGCAUAUAACAGAAAGUCUCCCUUGUUACGAAGACUACAACGAGCAAUCCAGAAUUGACGUUGAUCAAACAAAAGACUGUACCCAUAUUGUGCCAAGAGAGGAGACCAUAAUCACCCAACAAGAGAAGGCCCCACCUUACUGGCGUUGGCUACUAGAUCCUGCGGGAUUUGGGUUCCCAGUACUCGUCGUGGCAGCCCUUUGGGUCGACGGAAGGCUGGGUGGAAACAACUUGUUGACAAAGAACAUUUGGGCCCUGACGUAA